AUGAUCAUUAUUACAUUGAGUAUAUAUAUAUAUAUAUUCAAUGUAAUAUAUAACAUAACUACUUCUUCUCAUAUAUAUAUAUAUAUAUAUAUUACUAAUUGUAAGUCACGGCACAUAAUUUUAAAACCAAUCACCGUUCCUAAGCAAUGCAAAAAUAUUUUUUAUAAGCAAUUGAGUCGAAAAGGAAGGGGACCAAAUAAAUUUCUAACAAAUAAAAUAUGGAUUAUAAAACGUGCUAAUGUGAAUAACAUUUUUAUUUUCCUGGUGUAUUUCACUUAA